ACCAAGUAUUAAAAAACAUAUUUCUAAUAUAAAUAAAUAAGUUACAAAUAAAUCCAAACUUAAGCAUAGUGUCAACACCACAAAAUAAAACAUGGAAUAAAAGAAUUGUUGGCACACCUUCCACUCCACUCUUUUUCGUACAAUCCGUUGUUGCAAAAUUGAUCGUGUCAUUCGCGUCAACGAAGAUGCUUGGUUAACUCGCCCAGACAGCGACACCGAUCCGGAAUUGAAGAACGUCAUCACUGUUAGGUGCCUCCCCAGAAAUACAAAUGCCUCCUCCCACCCACCACAUGGAUUAUCUAUCCUUCUCACCAUCACGGCGUCAUCCAUGGAGGAUGGGGGUUUGGAGUACUGGCUUCGAUGGCAAGUACCUGUCUGCGCUCUCAUCUUCCUGAUUCCCACGCUGGUCUCUUUGAGAUUCAUCGUCACUAAAAACAACACACAUACCACUAAAACCCAGCAUCUAUGGAUUUCUUGCUGGAGGAACCUUCAUCCAAGCUGGAUCCUUCUCUACAGGCUUUUCUCCUUCGUUUCCAUGGCUUACUUGCUAUAUCAAACAGUCAUCGCCUUCGGCCCCUUCGUCUUCUAUUUCUACACCCAAUGGACUUUUUGCUUGGUCAUGGUCUACUUUGCGCUUGGGACCAUUAUAUCUGCUCAUGGCUGCUGGAUGCACUUCAAAGAGCGUCCCCUUCCAAAUCAAAAUCAAGAGAGAGACAAGUUUCUGAAAAAGGAUUCUAGCUCUUUUAAAGAUAACGAGGCUUCCAAUUCCAUCAAUCUGCAGUUUAAUCAAGAAGCUGGGUUUUGGGGAAAUCUCAUGCAGAAUGUUUAUCAGACUUGUGCAGGUGCUGUUGUGCUUACUGACCUUGUAUUUUGGUGCCUAUUACUCCCGUUUCAGUCUGGCGAUGGCUUCAAGCUUACCUUGUUGAUUGGUUGCAUGCACUCCCUGAAUGCUGUUUUUCUCCUUCUGGAUUCUGCUCUCAACAGCCUACAAUUUACUUGGCACGGGUUAACAUACUUUGUCUUGUGGAGCGCAGCUUAUAUAAUUUUCCAGUGGGUUAUGCAUGCUUGUUGCUUUACAUGGUGGCCUUAUCCCUUCCUGGAAAUUGCUACUCCAUGGGCUCCUAUGUGGUACUUUGGCAUCGCUUUAGUUCACCUUCCAUGUUACGGACUAUAUGUUUGGCUUGUGAAAGUGAAAGCAUCCAUGCUGUCAAAAAUGUUUCCAGGAGCAUUUAUAAGGGUUGUGGUAUCAAAUGAGAAGCAGAUGUAAGCUGCUGGCACAUGACAUCAAACAUGCGUGUAAAUGUAAUUGAAUGUUGUUAACUGCUUUCCUUGUAUCAUUGAAAUAAUAAAAUGUGUGGAUUGCUAUUAAGAAGGUAAAAAGAGUAAUCCAUAGAAGGAUUUGGAUUUCGAUGCGCAUUUCAAUAUAUAUUCUUGACCGUUUUAUUGUUUCAAAAUUAACUUGGCAAUGCAUCUCCAUGUCGGCUGUAGCCUGUAUUGAAGCCCUUGAACAUGGACGGCUCUAUUUACAAAUUGCUUAUGAAAAUAUAUUCUACAAAAUUUGGAUUCGAAGAGGGAUGUUAAGUUGUGGUGGGAGGUGGAGGAAAUGUUGUUUCUCCUGCAAAUAGUGGCUACCGUUAUUUUUUAGUCAUCCAAUAAAUUUGAAUGGACACAAAGA